UGGCCCCUCCUUGCGUCUGCGCGGCGCGGCGGGGUCCCGCCAGUCAUGGCCGCCUCCGUCUUCUGCUGCUUCUCCUGGUGCAGGGAUGGCGGCGCCGGCCAUAUCCCGUUGAAGGAGAUGCCGGCGGUGCAUCUCGACACGCAGCGUAUGGGAACAGAUGUUGUCAUUGUUAAAAAUGGCAGAAGAAUAUGUGGCACAGGAGGCUGCUUAGCCAAUGCACCUUUGCAUCAGAACAAGAGCUAUUUUGAGUUUAAAAUCCAGUCCACAGGGAUUUGGGGUAUUGGAGUUGCAACCCAGAAAGCAAACUUGAAUCAAAUUCCACUUGGUCGAGAUGUUCAUAGCCUGGUGAUGAGAAAUGAUGGAGCUCUCUACUAUAACAAUGAGGAGAAAAACAGACUACCGGCAAACAACCUUCCUCAGGAGGGCGAUGUGGUGGGCAUUACAUACGACCAUGUAGAAUUAAAUGUAUAUUUAAAUGGGAAGAACAUGCAUUGUCCAGCUUCAGGAAUCCGAGGGACUGUCUAUCCAGUGGUCUAUGUUGAUGACAGUGCCAUUCUGGAUUGUCAGUUCAGUGAAUUUUAUCAUACACCUCCACCAGGGUUUGAAAAGAUCCUCUUUGAGCAGCAAAUCUUCUGAAUGUCUUCAUACCGAAAAUUUGCACCCUGCACUGUUACAAAAGCUUUGUCAUCUUAAAGAAAGCUUCACUUUACUUUUAGGAAACAUAUCUGUAUUUUUAGUAAGUACUUGUGGCUGUUGUCUGCAGAGUUAAUAUGUUAACUGCAAUGCCAGGUAACUGUGUUGCAAAUACGAGAUUCCUGGCAAUGUUUUGUGGUUGAAAAUGAAUGUUUUGGGACAGGGUUUUUCUCUGAUUUGUACUUGAUGCAUAAGGAGACUAAGGGACUUUAUUGUCAUCAGUAUUACAUUCAGUAUUUUGAAUAAACUGGAGCCCUGUAAAGCAAAUAGUUCUUAUGCAUAUGAUAGCUAUGGAAAUGGAUAGUUCUGAUGAUUUUGUUCCCCAACUUUUUUCACACAGAAGUUAUGUACUUUGUUUAAAGGAAGCACUGUGUUUCUAGUCUGUCAUUUGGAGUUGCGGUGUCCCAGUUGUGCACAAUGACUAAUAACACGAUGGCAUAACUAGCAGCUAGAUACCUUUUUUUUUUUUUUUUUUUUUUUGCAAGGUAUAAUUUAAUCCAUUCCCUUAGUCUUAGACUGGCAAAUAUAACUUUAUCUAAUUCUUCUAGCUUUUCAUUUGCUUUUAUUGUGACAAAUAAUAGGACAAUUUCUAGUAAUGCUUUUUUGUUGAACCUUAAAAAGUAAACCUGAACGCUGCCUGUGUUUUUGAGGACCACCAUGCUGUGUUACUCUGGUAGGAGAGUAAGUACAGAUCAAGCCAGGUGAAGGGUGUGAGAUGUUAUGGUGAAGCCUUACAUCUAAACUGUAAAUUAGAUUAUUCUUUUAUGGAAUAGCGUAUUUAAUUUCUUUGUGAAUCAUUUAUAAAUGAUUAAUGGCUAAGACAUUGUUCUAAAAUGUGAUGCCCUUGAAUAUAAAUUGUGAAAUGCUUUUUUUCCCCUAUUGUCAUAUUUAAUAUACUUCCUAGAAAAAUUUUUAUUGUAAAGAAAAUCUUCAUACUGGAUGUCUGUUUUUUGGUUUUGGCUCUUCCUGGGUUAAUGCAUUUGCAUAAAUUAAUGAUUUUAUUUAAAUAUUUUUAGAAAUUACCUGAUUCUGAAAUUUUCAAAUACAAACAGCUUUCUCAAAGCCUUUCACCUUA